AUGCCUGAAGAAAACGAAUCUGAACCUAAUUGGGUGUCACAAGUGCAGAUGCAAGGACUCAGAUCUUGUACUGUAAAUUGUGAUGAAAAUCAAGAAGAAUUUUCGCCACUUAUUGCUCAGAUCAAAAUUGAACCUUUGGAUGAAGAUUUGCCUGACAAUGUUCACUCCUUAAAUCAAGUGAAAAUUGAGCCUAUUCAUGCACCUGAUGAAAUGACAAUGAUACCUGAGGUAAAAAUAGAACAUCUAGAUGACUUGUGUCCUGACUCCAUACUAAAAGCCAGCACUAAGAGUUAUGACGUAGACACAUUUGAAAAAUUUGUUUCUUCUAACAAAAUUAUAUCUGGAUUACAUGAUGAUAUUUUCAGUCAAAGUGCUUUAAGAGUACACAGACAACAUGAACCUGAUUACGAAGAAGAUGAUAUGAGCAUGAGUCUACUCGUACCGCAGACAUAUGAACCAUUAACUAUAGAAACUGCUAAAGGAAGUUUAAUGCAGAGUAGCUCUGAGGAAGAUGAUUCUAAAAAUAAAAAGGUUGCUGGAAAGAAGAAAGCUGAUAAAAAACCUAAGAGUAAACCGAAGAAACCUGAACUGAAACCUAACAAAGAAAUACCUACAGUUUCAACUAAAGAUAAACCAAGUAGUAAUGAAGUUGCCAAUUUAACCAAAAGACUGAGAGACAAGAUAAGGCAAGAAGAGAAAAAGGAUGACUCAACAGACUCUGAACCUGAAACUAUACCUGUACGGUCAAGAAAUAAGAAGGAACAGGAAAAGACCGAACAAGCUCAGGCCAGUAAAGAGGAUGAGAUACAAUGCAACAAUGUGGAUUCAACUGAUCAAGUUGAGGAAACUGCUUCCAGUUUUAUUGGUUUUUCAGCGAUCGACCAGAACGAGAUAUCCACAUACCACAAAUAUAUGAAAUUUGUGUAUGACAAAAUUUUACCAGGAAAGGAAUCUGACAAACCUAAAACAGAAGAUAAAACCAAUAAGGUGAAUGAGAAUGACAAGACACCAGUAAACAAAACUGAUGACACGCCAUUGAUUUCUAAUGAGCCUAUCGAACUUUUGGAGUGUGAGCCGUUGAUGCCUGUGUUCGAUGAGAGACUAACUAAUAGAAAAUAUUCUAGAAAGACCCAGGAAAAGGUAAAUGCAAAAGAACAAACUAAAGUUGAAGUAACAUCUAAACAAGAAACUACCGCAAAACAAGUCAAAAUUCCUGAAUUCAUAGAUCGUGGUUGGCACUGCUAUCCGGUGAAUAGGAAUGAUAAAAAACUAUACCAGAGUUCUUUUGUAGCUCUAGAAAAAUUGCCAGAGUCAUUUGUACGGACAUAUUUUGAGUAUCAAGGCAUAGCAAGCAAAAGUACUGAAGAUGAGGAAAUUAACAGGUUAACCAACCUAAACUCAUUGAAUAGAAGUGGACAAAGUCAGAACCUUGGUAAAAAUAAAUUGAAACCGAAGCAAAAGAAUGGGAAGACUGAGCAUGCAUCGGAAGCUGGCAGCGGAUCGGAAAGUCCCACAUACUCAGACCAUAAUGAGUUGGAGCCUUCCGAUGAUGAUGGAGCUAACAUAGAAGAUGAACCUGCUCCACCUGUUGCUACAAGAAACACAGACAACACUCUAGCAAAGAACCUAUUAAUGAAUGACAAUGAAAGUGACUCGGAUGACGUCACUAGAAAAGUAAAGCAGGAGCCAGCAGAAGGACGUUAUGAAACUAGACAUAGAACUAGCAAGAAAAAGAUGGAGAUCACUGUGGACAAAGAGGAUUUAAUGCUCACUGCUGAUAAGAUGAUGAAUAAAGAACUGACGUUACUACAUGCCCCUGUUGUAGUCACUGAUGAUGUCAAUAGUACACCCAUUAAAGGCCCUGUCACGAGGAACAAACAGAAAACCGCUAUGAAAUCUCAACCCGGUAGCAGCACUAAAACAAACAAUGAAGAGGAUUCCUCUUCUGAAGAGGAGAAGCAGUGGGUGUCGACGAAAGAGAAACUUCUCAAAAGAAUGAGCAAGAAAGACCAAGCAAGCCUGGACGAUGCUAAGCGAGCGAAGUUGGUGAGCGAAUUCAUUGAGCGACGCGGCGACCGUCCGGUCACACAAUUACGACGGAGCGGUCGACCGCGACGCUCUGCCAAGAAGUUCUUGGAAAGAGAGAAGCAACUCGGAAUACUAUCGAGGGAGUUAUUUGGAGAAUCAGCAGAUGCGACUAUGUCCAAACGAUCUCAAGCAAGUGUAUUCAAGGGACGUCGCAAUAUUAGAAAGGUGAUUGACAAGAAAUCGUUAGCUCGUAGUACUGUGGUAGCUAACAUGGAGGAAUUCGAGAGAAAAAGAAGACUGAAUGCUAAACAAACCAAAUUGAGGGAGCUGCUAGGCUGUGAGGAGGGUGUGAACGUGCUAGUCAUUAACGACGAGGUGUGUCUGGAGUACGACUUCGAGGAGAACAGGCCCGUCGUCACCAUUCACCCGUUCUUCACUAAAGUUAUGAAGGCGCAUCAGUACGAGGGAGUCAAGUUCAUGUGGGACGCUUGCUUCGAGAGUUUGUCGGAGAUAGAGGCGGGCAGGCCGGGCGGGGGGUGCAUACUCGCUCACUGUAUGGGGCUCGGGAAGACAUUGCAAGUCUUGGCACUAUUACAUACGGUAUUAACUCACCCUGGAGUGAAAAUGCAACGUGUUCUCGUGUGCUGCCCUCUAUCGACUGUUCUCAACUGGGUCGACGAGAUACACAAAUGGAUUGGGCCUGUUACUAAUCAGAUAAAACAACGUAAAAUAAAAAGGAAACUGCAGGUAUUUGAACUCUCAAAGCUAAAGAAAACAUACGAACGAGCGUACCAACUGGAAGACUGGUACAAUGGUGGCGGAAUAUUCAUCAUAGGGUAUGAACUCUUCAGGAGUUUGACAACCCUGGACCCGUUCCUUGAUGACGUACGACCGACUAUUAUAAACAAAAUACGCACAGCCCUACUGGACCCAGGUCCGGAUAUUAUUGUCUGUGACGAAGGACAUCUCCUAAAGAACGAUUGCUCAGUUCUUGCCGUCGCCAUGAGCAGAGUAGCCACAAAAAGAAGAAUUAUCCUGACUGGAACACCAAUGCAGAAUAAUCUUAGAGAGUAUUACUGCAUGGUCAACUUCGUUAAGCCUAAUUUACUUGGUACUUAUGCUGAGUAUUCUAAUCGGUUCGAAAAUCCAAUAAUGAACGGCCAGCACCGAGAUUCAAGUGAUGAAGACAUCAAGUUGAUGAAGGCUCGCACUCAUAUUUUACACAAAGUAUUAGAAGGGUGUCUGCAAAGGCAGGAGGCUUCAGUACUCUACCCGUACUUGCCAAAGAAACAUGAGUACACAGUAUUUAUAACUCUAACACAAUGCCAAUGGGACUUGUACAAGCACUACUUGGAUAGUUACGCGAAACAGUCUAAACAGAGCAUAUUGAAAGACUUCCAUAUACUACAGAAAAUAUGGUCGCAUCCACAAGUGCUUCAUAACUUCCAGACUAAAGCCCGCGAUCGGGCGGAGGCUAAUAAGUUGUUAAAAGUUGAAAAGUUAGAAGAUGACCUAGCAACGGAGGACGUGGAGGAUAUAAAGCCGAAUGUAUCAGACGACCUGUGGUGGCUGGACUACCUGGACGGUGGCAACAUGCUGGAGACGCUCGACAGCUCCAACAAGUUCGUCGUCGUCUUCAGACUGCUCGACGAGUGUAUUGCACUUGGUGAUAAAGUGCUAAUAUUCUCCACGUCGCUCUUCUGUCUGGACGCGCUCGAGUAUUUCCUAAAAAAGAUGAAGGACUGGUCGCUUGGCAACGAGUACUUCAGGUUGGAUGGUUCAGUGCCGCCUGAAGUACGACAGAAGUGGUGCCGGGAGUUCAACGCCGAUAGUAAUACUAAGACUAAAUUAUUCCUGGUAUCAACCCGAGCGGGUUGCCUGGGCUUGAACAUGACGGCCGCCAACCGCGUGAUCAUCAUGGACACUUCAUGGAACCCUGCGCAUGAUAUACAGAGUAUCUUCAGAGUAUACCGGUUUGGACAAAAGAAGGAUUGCUACAUAUAUCGGCUGGUCGCAAUGGGUACAAUGGAGCAGAAGAUAUACGAGCGCUCUGUAACAAAGCAGGCCGUCGCCUGCCGCGUCGUCGACGAACAACAGAUUGACAGACACUAUAACAGUACGGAACUCACUGAGUUAUACAUGUACGACGAGGCGGGCGCGUGCGUGGCGGGCGGCGUGGCGGCCGGCGUGCGCGACGUGGCGCUGCUGCGCGUGGCGCGCGACGCUGUGUGCGCCGCGCCCUCGCUGCACGCGCCGCGCUCGCUGCACGCGCCGGGCACGCUGCACGCGGUGCACGCCGUGCAGGAGCACGACUCGCUGCUGCGCGGCGAGCACGAGCAGGCGCUGCCCGAGCACGAGCGGAACGCUGUCUGGAUGCAGUUCCAGCAGGAACAACACCACAAACAUUUGGAAGGCGAAGUAGAUAGCAAGCAAUCAAAGAUAUCGUUAAAACGUAUUACAAACGCAGAGACACAGAAACAGACGACUGAAGUUAAAACUGAACCAAAACAGGAAGACCUCGUCCCCGAUGAACCUAAAACUAAGAAAGGAAAAAAGCCGAUCGCCGCAAACAUAAAGAACAAUAGUAAGAAAAAUUCUCCUAAACCAAGCACCAGCAAACAACCCGAGGAACCACCACCACCACCACCCUCCCAACCCUCCCAACCCUCCACCUCCUCUACCGCAGCAACCCCAGAGGACAUCGCCGAAGAAAUCCUCGUGGACCAGAUCACGGACAUACUCCUCAAAUAUAAUUUCCAAAACCGAAAACGGAAACAUGUCGAUAUUGUACACGUAGUUAUGAAAGUUAGGAAGAUUGUACAGAAAGGUUAUUUAGAGAAGAAAGACUGGGAGGAUGAUAUGACGGCUAAUAUAGCGCAGGUGUUGCUGGGGCAAGAUACGUCACUGCCCCAAGUGAGCGAUAUUGUUUGCGAGUCCAUCAACAACUCCCUAGCGCCCAACGCCGUGCUCGAAAACAAUGAAGAAAAGAAAGAGGCAAUACAUAAAACAACAAAUCCAAAUGAACGAAUAAAAAGAAGAGCAGCCAUUGCAGCCGAAAAAAGUAUCGAUUCACUAUCAGAAGACGUCAUAAGCUUAGACGAUGAUGAAUGGACCGCUGAUACAGACUUUAUUCCAGAUUAUCUGGAUAAACCACCAAGUUCCAGUAAAGGCAAGAAGAAGGUUAGAAAUUCCACAAAAGUUGUAGACAUGGAUGAAGAUACUAUGAGUGCUGAUGAACAACCAGAAACACACACAGAUACUAUGGAAUCUGCCAUUAAUUUAUUCAAGACAAAUGAUAAACCUAAAUCACCAGAACCAGAGCCAAAAGUGGUUCCAAAAAAACCCGUUAGCGUUACGAAGCCAAGGUCAGCGAAAACUAAACCGCAGCCGGCAGAAAUCGAACGGUGUCAGGCAGAAACUCAACCGUGUGCGGUAGAAACCCAACCGCAACCAGCAGAAACGCAACCGUGGUCCACAGACACCCAAUCGCACCUAGUAGAAAUUAGAUCGCGGCCGGUUAAAAUUGCACCGCGGUCGGUAGAAACUAAACCACUGUCGACAGAAACCAAACCGCGGCCGACACAAACCAAAGCGCGGCCGGUAGAAACUAAAGCGCGGCCGGUAGAAACCAAAGCGCGGCCGGUAGAAACCAAAGCGCGGCCGGCCAAGCCACCUAGGCAGCCUGAGAACCACGUAACAGUUACGGAACCAAUGGAGAGCAGUAUUACAUUGAGUGACGACGACGACAUCCUGGUGAACACUUCACCUGCUUCUUAUAAUACAAAAGACAAAACACCUACUCCUGCAAAUCCAGAUAAAGAUAAAAAAGUCCUCGAUAACGAUGAUGAGAUAGUGCCUUUACCGAUGUCGUUGUUGAAGAAUCAGAAUUUCAUAAACAUCGUUGCCCACACGUAUUUAGUGGGCAACCCUAUGUUAGAUGAAGACGCGGCUACCCUGGCUGCCCAGUACAGCACGCUGAAAGCUUUCAAUGAGGCCGAGCAGACCGGGAAACUCGUGUGCAGUGGACCUAUUUACGAUAUAGCUGUGAAGGUCAUAGGCAAAGACGUAAUGAAGAAGAUGAAUAGCGUUAACCCCACAGCUGCGUCUGCUUCCGCUGACGAUGCGGCCACCAGUUUACAAAUGAAGGACCAGAUGAUAACUACACAGAAGACAUUUGAAGAAACUGCAAAAAAAUCAAAAGCUAAGGGCACAAUCCUCAGAGAGCAAUUGAUUAAAGACAAGUUAAGUGAGCACAUACACGGCGCGAAACAGAGAGUCGACACACCUCCGCCUAGUGCCACUACCUCCUCCAUUGUCCCUGUAGGACUUAUCAGAACAACGGACCGGUUGCCUCGUGUAGAGUGUAUCCUGCCCGACAAUGACGACAUCAUCAUCAGCGACGUGCACUCCGCCGCCCCCGCCCCGCCGACACCCACUCUACCAGAGUCCAACGAGACCAAUCACAACAGGCCCAUUAUCAUAAACACUUUAUUAAGCAGACAGGAAACGACUCCAACCAAUGUAUAUGUCAGAGCAAUGCCAACACAAAAAGGGAUCCCAACUAAUAUAAUUUUCAAACCUUUCCGCAAUUAUACACCAACGAACAAACCGAUUGUCACUGACAGUAGUAACUUGACUCCAGUGAAGCCUCCGCCUCUGGCCAGUGUCCCGGCCCCCGCCCCCGCCAGCACCAUCUGCCUGGACAGUGACGAGGAGGACGGGCCGGCGCCGGUGCCGGUGUCGCUCACUAGUGCCCUCGCUCCGGGCCUCCAGCUCCCGUUACCAAAUUUGACAAACCAAGUACUAGAAAACUGUACUGCCACAGCUACACAGAAGCUAGUGUUACGGCAAUUUGCCUCCGGGGGCGGUACUCAAUCUAAAUAUGUCCUGAUACCCAGCGAUAAACUUCCUUUGCUAAAACUACCUCCGACGCAGACGCCGGUCCCGACCGCACCCAAGCCUCCGCCGCUACAUCCGUUUACGACACCGAAUAUUUUAAAAAAUACGAUAGUUGAAUCCAUCAAUCAAACUAAUAAAACUUUUAAAGCGGGUGAUGUACUCAGACUAACGAAAGAUGGAAAAAUUGAACUGAUAAACAAUAAAAAAACGGUGGACUCGGCUCCUUCCAGCAAACCGCAAGCUGCAGUUUCGACAAAUAGUAAUUCUGGGAUUGUAGACUUAACUGAACUAGCGAUCGCUAAUGGCGAAGUACUGAAAAAGCAACAAUCGUCCAAAAUUGAAAAAAAUACAAGUGCGAAUAAAGUGGAGGUGCGGAGAGCGCGGCAGAUAAGUGUAGCCAGCAGUAGUAGCAGUACGAGUAGUUCUGGCCGGGCCUCUAGUCCUGACAACCCGCUGUCCAUACUGAAGGAUGUAGUACAAAUUAAAGCGGCAGACUAUAAGAAAACUGGCUCUGACAAAGGUAAUCAGCGCAUCGUUAACACCAGUCAAGCCGCCGCCAGCACCUCCAAAGGUCUUCUCAAGCUAACCAAAGUACCGAAAGACCAAGUACCUAAAUACAUAGGCGACGCUGUGGCGAAAGAGAUAAGGAAAAAUGCUUUGAUUAACAAAUUGAGUUCUACAAAUCAGCCGAAAACUAAGGAACAACAGAAUCCAAUUAGUUCAACAAUAACGAAUAGUUCUAGCAAAGUAACGAGGGGCUCAGUUAGUAAAAAAGUUACUUCUAAACUACUGAACGAUAGCAAAUCCAGUAGCAUAGCUGAAACUGUAGAUUUAACUAACUUGCCACGGCUUGGAACUGCCGUGAAAUCGAAGAACGAUAGUAUAAAGAGACAGUCUACCACAGAUACUACAUCUGCUAAAAAGAAAAAAUCUGAACCAAUGACGCUAAAGGACUUCGAUUUGGACGACAUAGACGACAUUAUUGAAUUGGAUUAG